UUAAUGUAUUUCAGAUGAAUUAGAUAUGGAUAUUUACUACUGUCCAAACCCUAGCCAGGAGCUGGUUCAAACAAUUAAAGGCGGCUGGGAGGGGGUUGAUAAAACCAGUUUGAAAAUAGUCGGAGAUGGAUAUUAUUUGAGCUGCUUAGAUUUGCUGCUCCACACGUGCAGAGCAGCAGGAUUAUUCAAGCGGAAGCUGCUGCUCCCUGCCUCCGACCAGGAUGUAGUGUUACGUAUGCUGCUACAGGCUGCCAACAAGGAGCUGACUGGGGACAGCACCCAUCCUAGGAGUGAGUUGCUAGAGCUGCAGAGCAGAAUUACAAGGCUGCGGUCGGAUGGAAAAUGGCCGGAGAAAGGGAAGGAUGCUACUGUAGAACUUGCUGCAGGCAACUACCAGGAGUUCUUGAAAAAGUGCAAUUUAAUCGAUGUUUGGACGGUUUAUGAAGAAUCUAGAAAACUUCUCAGUUCUGGUGAACCCUCCAGGAUAAGUCUAGUCUAUGUGCAAUCUAUCCCGGAGUCGGAGAAACCGGUUCUAAGUCUACUGAACCUAGGAACACUAAGAACAAUUAGUCUGGUGGAUAAAUCUCUCGAAAUAUCAGAACCUUUUGAUAUAGAAACAUAUGAUCCAGAACUUCUAUCCCGUGAAGUGGGUUCAUCUCAACUCUAUCCUUCAGAUACAGAGUUGAGCAGGGAUCAGUUGAAUUCUUUACUAGCGUGUCCAGGUGUACAGAGCUGGAUUGGUAUUUUAAGAUUAAUUGUAAACACAAGGGAUGAGAUAUCUUUAGCAAGGGUUCUUACGCAGACAGGGUUACUUACCUCCGGCCAAUGCCAAAUAGUGAGACAGGAGACCGAGAAAUCCAACCUAGUCAUGUACCAGUACAUAGUUUCUUAUAUUACACAAGCAUCAUUAGGGGGGAAGAGUUAUGCACCUGGAGGAGAGCAUCCUUUCUCUGAGUUUGAGCUGCAGUUGUCAGAACUAGUUAAACUUAUGGAGAAAGUACAAUCUAAACUAGAGGAAACCACUGAUCCAUCCUCAGCUAUUGAGAAGGUUACGCAAUGCGUAAAAUCCUGGUUGGUCAAGACCGGAGUAAAACUCGAGGCGGAUAUAUGUGAAGUUUGUGAGUCGGUUGAUAGGUGUAUUCAAGGUCGUCGUGAGAGUAUAGAAAGUACACCUGCUAGAGGAGUGAUGGGUAAACCAGCCUUGAAGUUGGUUACAGGAUUGGUUGAUAUGUUCUCCUGUGUAUCUGAGAAAGAUGAAAUACCAGUCCUGACGAAAACUCCGUCCCGGAGUAAGAAACUUGUCAACUUCUUCCGAACCCCUCAGAUGGUGAAGCCAGGUGUAUCUGAGCCUGGAGUAGAGCAGGACGGAGAUGAGUUUGAUGCUUUUGUAAACCAGGUUUCUAUAGCGGAGAAGUUAAACGUCAAGGGAGGAACUCCAACCCUCCCGGUUCAACCGGAGUUCCCCAGGUUUAAAUCUAGUUUGGGUUGGGCGGGUGACAGUUCUCCAGUCCCUGCUAGUAUAGAGAGGGUUGGAGUGAGGGUUGGCGGAUCUACUCUUGUAAGUUCUGCCUGCUCCCCCUCUACUCCUGUAAAUACUAUAGAGAACGUGAGCAGGAUCCUCUCCGACCUGAAGGAGAAGCAGGAGAAGGAGCUUAAGGAGAAUAUUGAACAGGGGAAGAAGGAAUUGGCGAAAACAAAAACUAAGUCUAGGAAACGAAUCCUUGCUCGCGAAGCCGAAGAAAUUGUUCAAGAAAAGUUCGGAAUUCAGCAGGAAGAUAAGGAAGAUAAGGACGAAAGGAAAGAAAAGAAAGCAAAGUUAGAAAAUAUCGAAAAGAAAAAGAAGAAAACGGAGAAAAAGAAAAUUUCUACGCCCAAGGGUCAAAGGAAGAUGACUUCAUUCUUCACAAAUAAAUCAUAAAUAAUUAAUGUAAUUCUUAAUUAUUAUAAUAAUUUGAUUUUUUUAUAAAUGUUUUUUUAUAAAUGUUAAUGUUCUGUAUGCCGCAAUUUAAAAACAUAUGUUAUUACAAUAAACAAGGGAGUAAAUCUUCUUUUUUAAUCAAUUAUUGCAUCGAUUUAGCUUUCAUAAAUUAUCAUUGUAUCGAUUUAGCUUUCAUAAAUUGUCAUUGUAUCGAUUUAGCUUUCAUAAAUUGUCAUUGUAUCGAUAAGGUUUUCAUAAAUUAACAGUUUACACAGAUGAAAACGCAAAUUUCUGAUAUGCUUAAUAUUCAAUGCUUAACACAUUCCAACUCAAAAACGUAAUUUCUUUUGGAAUGUCCUAAUAUCGAAGUACAGUUUGUCCCCCCCAAAAAAAUAUGGAUUUAAUUUGAGAUGGAGUGUCUUAGUAAUCUUAAUACCUGCUUGUAAUGUAUGUAUUUACAAUAUGCAAUAUACAUUUGAAUGAGAAAGAUUAAGAGCUCGUAAUAAAUAGGCUUUUAGGGUGCUUUUUUUUCUCUCCAAGUAACAAGGUUUAGCUUCUAACUGCCAUUUUUUAUAGUUCUCAUAUUGUUUAGCCGUUGUGACGUUUACUAGAUACAAAUAAACAAACUAGUAAGCUCUUC